CGCGAUGAUGAAUCCGAACCAUUCCGGUGCGUCACGGCGCCCGUACUCGCGCGGUGCCGUACCGCGCAACCGUUCCCGGAUGCCCUUUUCACCGCACCAUACCCAUCACUCGAACCGCAAUCAUGGUGGACAUAACCAGUCCUGGUACAACAAGGACAUGGAGAAUAGCUUUAACUAUGGUGAUAAUGGAAGUAGUCCCAAAGAAUCAUCCUUCACCUAUACGUCCAAGUCCCCGCCAGUGCAGUUGCAUUCCCCUCCUUUAGUGGGCCGCCAAACGGCGGCAGCACUUCUAAUGCCUUACGGUGCCGCAGACGAUGGUAGUAUUAAUAAUAGAUCUCAACAAAUUCUUAGAGCCGGCCCGAGCCACAUUGACCGGCACCGGAUCAAUAUGGGCGGUAAUAGUAUGCAGGAUCGCAACCGGCACACGAUGAGUGCGUCCUCGAUUGAUCGCCAUUCGAACCACUUCGAGGGACCAUCGAAUUCGACGCGAGGCUCGGACCUUCAUGGCGGUGGUGAUGCACGUUCUGUGCUAUCGAUGGACUCGAUGCGAAACAGCCGCGAUAAUAAUGGCGGUGCUCGGGAGCGCUUCAGUCCCCACUACCACUCCGGUCCGGGCGGAAACGGUUCCGGUCCGGCAGGAGGAGGAGGAGGAGGAGGAGGGAAUGUUGGUGGGAAUCAGUCGUCUUCGCCCCCGUACUGUCCGGUGGAUGGAAUUGCCGGUAAUGGUGGUAUCAAAUCGGACAGUCCGUCGCGCAAGAGACGCCGUGUUUCGUCCCGACUGCCUAGCCAGUCGCCGCCCGCUGCCAUCUGGGAACAUCGACGUUCGCCGCGCAAUGGCGGUGCCAUGAUGUCUUUGAUGGGGACGAGCGGUGGCAAUGGGAACGGUGGUGGUAGCAAUGGAGGACUGGGGAACCAUGCAAUGAACGGACAUCACAACCUGUCGUUGCAACAGCAACAGCAGCAGCCCCAGUCGUCGCAGAACGUUCAGCAGCAGCAACAGCAGGUACCGCCACAGCUACUCCAUCGGGAUCAUCCUCAGCAGCAGCAGCAGCAGCAACAGCAGCAGCACCAUCAUCACCAGCUACACCAUCAUCACCAUCACUCCCAGCAGCAACAACAGCAGCAGCAGCAAUCACAUCACCACUCGAACGGUGGCGGCGGAUCUCAUAUGCAUCCAAGCUCUGGCGGUAAUCUGGCAGCUGCUAUCAUUUCCCAGCUUCAAUCCCACGUGCACCAUCCACAGGGUAGUCCCCCUAUACGCCGGCCACGCUUUCACCGUGAACAGCAACAACAACAGCAACAACAGCCACAGCAACAGCAACAACAGCAGCAGCCCCAGCAGCAACAGCGUCCCUGGGAAUCGCUCACGCAGGUAUUCCAGCAAGCUCCGGCGGCACAGGCACAGCACCAGCAUCCGGCCUCUUCACUGAUGGUCGAUAUCAAUCAGGUUCCAGUUAGUCUACCGCUUGGCCAUCACCACGAGCAGCUGUGGACGUACUCGGCUGGACCACACAUAUCGAUCUGUUCCGGACACCCAGCUGCACCACAUUUGCCGCCAUGUCAGGUCCAUGGAGUGUACUCGCAACCGUUUGCACAAACUUGUGGUAUCGGAGGCCACUUUGGCAGCUUUGCAUCGUCGGCCGGACCGGCACUAGCCGUUCCACAUCCACCGCCGCACCAAGCGCAUUAUCAACAUCCACACCUGGCACAACAGCGUGCCGAUGGUCUUUCGCUGGACGGAUUGGAGCAUGCCGGUGCAUCACCCUUGCAUCUGUCGCCGUUAACCACGCACGCACAUCAUCUGCACGGUGGUUCGCCGCAGAUGACGCAGCUGACUGCAGCGGCCCAACCGAUCUACAUCUCCACCGAGGUAAGUGCCGUGGGUAGUGAGGUGCCCCGUACGGGCGUCACACCCGCCGGAACACUGAUCCCACUGAUCGCGAACGUCCCGCAGGGUCGAAACUAUGAGAUACUGCACCGGACGGUUCGCCGGGCGAUCACGGCACCGCGGCGCAACUUUGCCCGCUUCCACUGGCCAGGUCCACCGCCACCGCCGCCACCACCACCACCGCCGGCCCAUCACCAGCACCAUCAUGCGGGUCACCACCAUCCGACGCAUCACCAUCGGCCACAUGCCCCACCGCCGCCGCCAGCCGCUCUGCAGGCCCAUCCACAACCGCUCGGCCAUCCGCAACCGGCCCACGUCACACUGUCGGCCACGACGUCGGCCUACUCGGGCAUACUGCUGAACUUCCUACCCGUCCGAUGUCCUUUCAGAGCCAUGUUCCCGCUGUCCACGUACGGUCCGCCGGAUCUCAACUCACCCGAUUCGAAUGAGACGGAAAACUACGAAGCACUGCUAAGCUUGGCCGAACGUCUUGGGGAGGCAAAACCGCGUGGUCUUGCGCGGCCCGAAAUUGAUCAGCUGCCGAGCUACAAGUUUAACGCAGAAACUCACACCGGUGAUCAAACAUCGUGUGUGGUUUGCAUGUGUGAUUUCGAGGCCCGUCAGAUCUUGCGAGUACUACCAUGUUCGCAUGAGUUCCACGCCAAAUGCGUCGAUAAGUGGCUACGGUCUAACCGUACGUGUCCAAUUUGCCGUGGUAACGCAUCGGAGUACUUCGAAAGCAGCGAGGAGCAGUAA